AGAAUUUCAAUCCUUUGCUCACUUCCUUGUCUCUAAGUAGCAAAACUCCAACUCUCCUUGUCAAUCGUUCCUUCGAACCCCCCAAGAUAAAAAUAUUUUUAUUCCAUAUCCGUGAAAAGAAGAAGAUGAGCAGAGACCCAAGAUCGAAUUUACCACCGGGAUUUCGAUUUCAUCCAACGGACGAAGAACUCAUUCUCCAUUACCUAAGGAAGAAGGUAUCGUCUUCCCCUGUUCCCGUCUCCAUCAUCGCCGAUGUCGACAUCUACAAGUUCGAUCCUUGGGAUUUACCCGCUAAAGCACCGUUCGGGGAAAAAGAAUGGUAUUUCUUCAGUCCGAGGGACAGGAAGUAUCCGAACGGAGGACGUCCAAAUAGGGCGGCGGCGUCCGGGUACUGGAAAGCGACCGGAACGGACAGAAUGAUCGGAGGAGACGAGAAUAUCGGAGUGAAGAAAGCUCUCGUGUUCUACAAAGGACGUCCUCCAAAGGGUGUUAAAACCAAUUGGAUCAUGCACGAGUACCGUCUCUCCCAAACCCUCUCUUCCAAGCAGCGGAACCGCGUCAGCAAUGGCGGUGAUCAAGCCCUGAAACCUCCUCAACCAUCUUCUAUGAGGCUUGAUGAUUGGGUCCUUUGCCGGAUUUACAAGAAAUCUCAAGCUUCGUCGUCAUCUCCGGCGGUGAACGCGGCCACGAGCGAUCAAGAGCGAGAAGACGAUGAAGAAGAGACCCUCUUUCCAAGAUUGCCUCAGUUAACGACCUUAUCAUCUGUGGCCGUUAAUGACAAUACCCUUAAGCCGCAGAGAUCUUGUUCCUUCUCCAACUUGCUGGAGACCGGAGAUUUGUCGUUCCUCGCCAGUUUUCUAGCGGAGAAUUCGGAAAAUCAGGCAGAGUUCGAGUUCCAGUUCCCAUUGGUGUUUGGCUCCUCGGAUUUGGAUCAGGGGAACGGUUGCUUGGGUCAGAAGUUACCUCAAAUGACCUCUCCUCCUCUCGAGAAGUUCGGGGUCGACAACAAACGACAGAGAUCGGGUUUGAUUGAAGACACGAUGAACCCUUCGAAGAAAACCUGCAGUUACAAUAACAAUACGGAACACUUCGACAAUGGUUUUACGAAGCAGCAAUUGUUGUUGAGUAGUCGUCACCUUCAGUUCCAAGGUUGAUCCGCUCGGCUCUGUUUUCCAUCCCUCUCGCAAGGCUGAGAGCCGAAUAUGGAAAGUGGACGAGAAAACGAGAAUUAGGGAACAAAUUAAGCGUACGACGAAAGAUGUACGGAAACUUGAUCAUGGAUCUUGUAACAUUUUUAAAACUAGUUUUGUUGUCUUUUUUUUUUUUUUUUUGCAGUUCGGUUCCGAGUUCAUCAAUCAAGUGGGAAGUUAAGUUCA